GUAAUUUCAAACAAGGAGAACAUAGAUGUAAAAAUCUGUAAGAGCAGUGACACGUCGAUUUCAUGUUAACUACUUUUGUAUUUUUGCUGUGCGCGUAUUUAAAAAUUGGAAAAUGAACUUCAGUUCGAAAGAAGUGUCUUCAGCCUCGUCAAAGAAACGGCGUCGUAUUUCUGUCGGCGAUAGAGACUAUCACAAUGCACUCGAACGAAAAAGACGUGAAUUAAUUUCGACGAGGUUUCUCCAACUUCGCGAUGCUAUUCCUUUUGGAGUGUUUGGAACGAAUAAUCGAAGCGAGAGAAGUUCUCGAUGUAUCAUACUAAACACAGCUUGUCAGUAUGUCGAAAUGAUGGAAAAAACAAACGCUAUGCAUGCUGAUGAUAUUUUACAGUUAACUCUCGAAAAUAAUCUUCUGCAGUCCAAAAUCGCAGAAUUAAAAAAUGGCAACGCCCAAUCGUGUGAGAUAAAACAGUUGUUAUUGGAAAUGGAAGAAGCAAGCCAAUCAAACAUGGCGAUGAACACGAAGCAAGUUAUGCCAUGUAAUGAAAAUCAAAAGUUAAUAUGCGAUGAAGCAUUAAAAUGCUCCGCUCAUUGGUUCAAUGGAAAUGGUUUGAACGAGGCUAUCAGUGGCCACAUGUGAUAUGUUCAAGUGACGUCAUUAAAAUUAGUAACGAAAAUGAUGAGUUGGGUUACUGUUGUCAAAGCUUGAUACUAUAAUUUUUUUUAUACAAGCUGCGGAACACUUAUUGAAAUUAAGAUUUUUGCAUAAUUUUACAUGACAUGUAGCUAGUACAAUUUUCUUUAUCGUAUGAA